AUGUAUAAAGGAAUGAGCAGAAGCAGAAGCUUCAGUGAGAAAAUGGGUGGUGCUGUUGCUCCACUUGCAAUUGGCACACGAGGCACUGUGGGGUCGCUGGUGAUGAAGGAGAUUGAGUACUUUACCAACCUUGAGCUCGAACGCCAUGGCAGUUCUCACACUAUCCGUGGAAAUGCUUUGAGGAGAAGUGAUUCUAAAGGAAGCUUUUGGCUUUUGUCAUUGACUUGGAAGUGGAAGAAGAGAAAAAACAACAAUGGGAUUCUCCCUAACAUUUCCUCUGCUGUUGAAUUCUCAAAAAGCAAUCGCUUUAAUGGGAUUCCUGGUUUUGGUUACAGGAUUCUCAAAGAUGACUUUCCCAUUUGA